AUGCCGAAUACUAAAAUUGUCCACGUUCCCCAUUUAGGCGGAAUCGACGCCGCCUAUCAGAUGCCCGAGUAUGAUCCAGCCAAGCCAACGGUUGUCCUCGUGAACGCCUUCACCGCUACAUCUGAGUUAUACAGACAGCAAUUUGAUGAUCCCCAGCUUGCCGCCAAGGUGAACCUGGUGGCUAUCGAGCUCCUUGGACAUGGUCAGACACGCACGUCGUCUGAGCAGUGGACGUACUGGGACACAGCUGAGAUGAAUCUCCAAGUCUUGGAUGCUUUGGGAAUUGCCAGGGCCUUUGUGUUGGGCACUAGUCAAGGAGGCUGGGUCACCGUUCAAAUGGCCCUGCUUAGACCAGAAAUGAUUGCGGGUAUCAUCCCCCUGGGGACGUCAAUGGAUUCAGAGUCAGAUCGCAGUCGAAAACUUGAUUGCUGGGACGGCUUAAAAGUCGUGUCUGACUUCGUGAAUCAAUGGACUGUCAGUAAACCAGUGCCUAACUUUGAGCCCGGGGAUGACUACUGCGAUGCACUGAUUGGAGUCGGUUUCAAUGAGUGCUCUGCCGAGGUUCACGACUUCUGGCGCGACUCCAUCAAAUCGAACUAUCGUGGAGAGGACGGUCGCAAACGUCUUCGGAUGGCUGCGAUCAACUUGGCAGAGCGUGGAUCAAUGCAUCUUCGGCUGGCGGACGUUCGCUGCCCGGUUCUAUGGCUUCAUGUAGGUGUAUGA